AUGGUGACUGGAAUACUGUCUGGUAAUCAUAAGGUUCUUGGGGUUUCCAUUCCCUUAAACACUAUUGUACCUGAUAAUGUUGCUUGUCAAGAAAAUACAGUCUCCUUAGGAAAGAAUGUAUCUGAUGAUGCUGAGCACACUGAUGCUCAUGAGGGGUCAAAUAUUGACAAACCCUUAGAUAAUGUGGGUGGUGAGGAAGUCCGUGUCACUCAUGAUGUCAGUGACAACCCUAACUGUGAAGCUGAAACAGUAGACCUGGAGGAAUUUUCUGAUAAUGAGUUGUUAACCUCAGUUGUCCCUAGCAUAGCCAAAAGGGUCAGGACUAGGAGAGAAAAGAAAACAGUGGUGCAAAGGUCCCCCAGGAAGAAGAUUGAUGUGCCAACCUCUCCCAAUCCAAAGGUGGCAGAGAGUUCCCUCAAGAGGAAAGGUCAUGGUCCAACAAAAUCUUGGAGCAAAGGGGUGCCCAAGAAAAUGAAGACCAAGUCUGUUGUUGUGGAGUCUAACUCAGAUGUUCCAUGUGAUGUCACUGCCUCUUUGUCAAAGAAGAAGCCAACCACUAGCAAGCUUGCAGCUAGUGUCCUUGAGGUACCAAUUGACAACAUAUCGUUCCAUUUUGCUUCAAGUGUAAACAGGUGGAAAUAUGUUUAUCAGAAGAGGCUGGCUUUGGAAAGGGAAUUGGUUCAGAAUGUCCUGGAAUGUAAGGAGAUUAUGGCCCUUAUUCAAGAGGCAGGUUUAAUAAAGACUGUGACUCAGUUCUCAAAGUGCUAUGAGAUGUUAGUAAAGGAGUUUAUUGUCAAUGUGUCUGAAGAAUGUGCUGAUGGAAAGUCUAAGGAAUUCAUAAAACUAUAUGUGCGGGGCAAGUGUGUAAACUUCUCUCCCUCAGUAAUUAACAUGUAUUUGGGAAGACCUGAUGUAGCUCAACCUGAGCUUGAGGUGCCCACCAAUCACAAAUCUACAGUGGCUGUAAUGCUUGGAAAGUUCAUAUAUGUUGUUGGAACCAAAGCCAAUUUUGACUAUGGAUCCUAUAUUUUUUAUCAAACCAUGAAGCAUGCAGGAAGCUUCAGUGUGAAGGGGCCUAUAGCCUUUCCUUCCCUCAUAUGUGGUAUUAUGUUGAAUCAAUUUCCAAACAUAUUAACCGAGAAUGAUUCUGUGAAGAGAAGAGACAACCCUUUGGCCUUCAAGCAUAAAUUGUUCCUAGGUACGCAUGUUCCUGACAUUGCCAUGGCAACAGGAGAGACAUCAAGUGUUUGCAAUCAACCAGGUAAAGUUGUUGUCAUUGCAAUACUCAAAGAAACGUGCAAGGAGUUAGAGGCAAGGAAGCUCACUUUGGAAAUGUUGAUUAUCAAGUUGGAGAUAACUGAAGGUGAUGUGCUUGGUGAAGCUGUUGAUGCUGCAGAAGGAGCUGCAAGACAAAGUGCAGAGGGAGAAGAGGAUGCCAGUCCUGAUGAUGGCACUGAUGAUGAUGCUGACUCUGAGUCAGAUGAAUAG